AUGACCACUGUCGAGCGCCCUGCAUUAGUAUUCGAUAAAAAAGUAUCCCGUCACGCCACGCAGCUGAUGCCAUCCGAGCAGCCAGCACCUGUUCCCUCACCGCCAUGUCCCGUACCCGUGAGCACGUACACACGGCGCGGUACGCUACUAGUCGCGAAUACGGCUGCGUCGGUUCCCUUCUAUCUCUGUAUCUUCCCAAGCCUUGUCCGGACAAAAAGGGGGGCUUGCCUCACCAAAAGUGUGCCGCAAACCCCACAUCCAAGCUCUGGGGCGCAGCACUUUCUAAACCUUCUUUAG